CGACCAUCCCACGUUGGUAUGGUACACAGGACACGUGUCACAUUAGCCUUUCCCAUUCUGAGCGGCCUUCUCCACAAAGUUCGACUGCUCACUUCGAUUGCAGCUCCAAUGGCCUUAGCAGCUCCAACUUCCGCCUCUCUCUCCCUUUCCUUCCUCGAUGUUCGUGCUUUUAGGUCAGCCACGGCCAAAGCCCCUGCUGCAACUCGUCUUCCUCUUUGUAAAUGUUCAUCAACUAGAUCUUCCUUCGCCACCGGUUCUCCUCUCUUGAUACACCGAACUUAUUGUCGAAAGCCUGCACUCAAAGCUAUGUCAUUUUCCAUAAGAUGUGAACAAAGUACCAAGGAUGCCAAUAGUGUGGAUGUAUGGCUAGGCCGGCUUGCAAUGGUUGGCUUUGCAGUGGCUAUUAGUGUGGAGAUAGCAACAGGCAAGGGACUUCUGGAGAAUUUUGGGCUCACAUCUCCCCUACCUACAGUAGCCUUGGCAAUUACCGGAUUGGUGGGUGUUUUGACGGCAAUUUUCAUCUUCCAGUCUGCUUCAAAAGAUUGAUCCGCAUUUUAGGUUGCUUCAUUUUGUAAAGCUUUCGUAAUUCUGAAUAUUUUACAAUAUCACGUUCUUGUUCGUUGGUUAUUGUAAUUUUGUUACAGUGCCAACAAUGAAUUUAAGAGUGGAGAAUGUAUUAGAUAUGGAAAUUGUAUGUAAAAGCUUUUCUCAGUGACA